UUCAAGUCCCCUUAUGCCUCAACUACACAAAGCUCAGUGUAGAAAAAGGACUGACUGCAAGGACUCAGAAACAGUGUGACUAUCUGAAUGUGUGUGUGUGUGUGUGUGAGCAGAAGGACUGGAACUGGAAGGCACAAGGAGCAAAGAUUAUUUUUUUAAAAGAAAAAUGGUGAACUUUUACAACGUGCUACUUUCAUCAUCAGUCAUUCCUUAAAAUUAUCUCUGCUAAAUAACCCAUAAAAAUGCCAUCUUGAACUACACCUCUCCUCCCAUUUUCAGAUCUCUGUAUCCUCAGCCUUACCGUUUUUUAUUACUCAGAUAGUGGAGCUUUUUUGUUAAUUGUUUUAUCUGCUGGUGCAUUGGCAGGGCUGUUUGGUUUAAGGGUUUUGAAAGCGUUCUGCAUAUCCGAGGUUUUAUAUUGACUUAAUAGUUUCUGCACCCCAGCCUUGUUUAAAUGGGAAGAUCUCCGGGAAAAUGGUUCAAAGCCCUUCUUUCUCGGAAGAAGGGAUCUAAAUCCAAUUUGUCCAAAGGAAAGGAGAUUUCAAACUCUUCCAGUCAAGGGAAGAGAACAGUUUCCGACCAUGAUGAAACGUCCAGCUUAGACGAGGUCCCUUUUUCAAUAUCCGAACCAGUUCUUAUAUCUGGAGGGAAAGGGAUUCCUGGAUCUGAGAAGGGAGGUUCUGCUAGGUUGCCGAGCAUUGGUUUGUUAUUGACGACACCUAAGCAAGAUGCAGAUGCACAAACUGCCACAGAUCAGGAUAUACCAGAAGUUUCUGAGAGUGACAGAUUGAGGCUUGAGCAAGCUGCAACAAAGGCACAAGCUGCAUUUAGGGGCUACUUAGUUCGACGAGAACUUCCAGCACGUGUUGACAUCAUUAGGCUGCAGGCCUUCAUUCGUGGACAUUUGGUCAGGAGGCAGGCUGUUGCUACUUUGUACUGCACACAGGGCAUUGUUAAGUUUCAAGCACUUGUUCGUGGUCAAAAUGUUAGGCGAUCGGGUCUUUGCAUUCAAGUGCAUAAUAAAUCAGCUAUGGAAACAAAGGAUCCAAAGGAUUUGAAAUCUGAUCAAGCGAGUGCAUAUGGUCCACCAGAAAAAAUCGUAGAGAAUGCUUUUGUUGCGAAGCUACUGUCUCUGUCACCUACUGUGAUGCCUCUGCUCUUGCAAUAUGGUCCAGAAGAACCAAACUCUGCAUCUGAUUGGCUACUCCGGUGGACGGCAUCACGGAUUUGGGAGCCAAAAUCAAAGUCAGAAGCUCUUCCCACGAAGCAGCAAAAGGUUGAAACUGGGAAAGCCAAGCCAAAACGCAGUGGGGUGAGGUUGCAGUCUGUAAUUGUUGAGAAUGGCUCAAACCAUAACAGUUCUGACCAGGAAAAACAGAAACGCCUUGCAAAGAAGAUCCCAAGUCAUUCUGCAUUUUCUGACCCAGGGCAUCCUUCAAAUGAGAUUGAGAAGGCUAGGAAAAAUCUGAAGAAAGUUUCGAACACCACCAAAGAUAUGCCCUCUGAGAGAGAAGGCAUUACUGAGAAACAAUUGCGAAUUGAUAGCAAAGAAGUCAAUGUUCUGCCCCCUGAUCUUUCAGGAGACGUUACUGACACUCAAUCAGAUAAACUUUGGGUUGAGACGGGAAGUGGUGAACUUAAAACAGUGAUUCCAGAGACAGACACACAUACCCCAGCUAUCGAGAUAUGUGACCAUCCAGUACUGAGCUCUUGUGUGGAAACUGAACUGAUUAGUGAAGGAAACAAAGAUACUCUUGGUGUGAAUGACAUAACCAGUGAUCCCACGGGUGAUGAGAACCUUAAGGUUAGUAAGAGAAGAGCUUCUUUACCUGCAAAGCAUAACAGUUAUCCAGAUGCUGGGGCUCAUAGUGUCUUAGUUGGUAAAGAUGAUCAAACUAGCUACGAAAACCAUAAAUUAUCGAAGAGAAGGGCCUCUUUCCCUGCUAAACAUGAUGAACAGGAUGCUGGCUUACCAAGUGAAACAAAGGUCCCCAGCUACAUGGCAACAACUGAGUCUGCUAAGGCUAAGUUCAGAGGUCAGGUUUCCCCAAGGUUUGGACAAGAUGCAUAUGACAAGAAUGGUAUAACGAGGCGCUACUCGUUACCUUCUUCCAACAAUGCCAAGAUGACUUCAUCUCCGCGAGUUCAGAGUCUGGUUCAAGCUACUGGUGGAAGAGGAGGAAUUAAAAUUGACAGAUCCCUUUCAUCAUCUAGAGAUGGUAAGGUGCUUCAAGCUGAAUGGAGGAGGUAGAUAACAUUAGCAAGACAUGUAUUGUGAGGUCCGGAACAAAAUUACUAAUGUAGUGGUUCUCAUUUUGUGCAUGAUGCGUAGUUGUAGUUUGUCUCAGGCAGGGGAAAUGAAUUUUGGGCAGUUAUAUUUAUAGGCUUUUGAGUUGUAUGGAUGUUGGGACCUAAGAUGUUAUCCCGUGUUACCGUAUUUUUGCCGCUAUCAGCCGUAACUGUUUAAUAGAUUUCACUUCCAGUUGGCAUUUUGAAACCAUGUAUGUUGCUUUGAAGAAGCCAGAGCGUAGCUUUCCGUCACCCAUGGAAGGUAGUAACUAGUAAUCCGAAUUGGUGCAAAUGCCCGCAUAGCAUGGACGGGCUUGUUAAACUCACUCUUAGUUCGAAGUGCUUAAAGAAGUUGUGGGCAUGCACUAUUUCUUGUUCCUCCUGCACAGUAGUUUGUGUAAACAUUGGUGUGUUAUAGUGGCGGAACUGCAACAAAGUCGUUAAAAAGUUGCUGGAGAGAAUACAGUGGAAAAAAUGUUGUGUAAGCCAAGUGAAAAUAUCAGGGUUAUAAAAUGCAGCUCAGGGCUAAAGUCUGUUGAUUUCAAUGCAUUACUAACCAUUAUCAGUUAUGAGAGUAACUUAGUAGGAGCUUCUUAUAUUAAUGGGGAUCAGGUAGCCCCGGGAGUUCCCCCAAACUUCACAGAGAAGGCGAGAACUAAGCAUGCGAUUGACAGAGACACGCUCGAUGUGGUCGACGAAAUUCUUGAGAGUAGCUUAUUCUCUCAUUGUUUUCAGUUGCUUGAUGAUCAGAUAACCAGGAGUUACAGUCCUGCCACUCUUUGACAUGUAACCUCAAUGAAGCGAUUGAGGGAAACUUUAGGGAAUCCCUAUUUAAUGCACACAACUCAUUCACAGACACAGAAAAAAGUACACAGUGCAUACAGAUACAGGUACUUUAAAAUGACAAAAUCUGGAGGUACCUGAUGCUAGCAAUCUUCAAUGAUGAACUCUGCAUUUCACAUUAGUCAAUACCUUGAUUUGAAAUAUUUCUGCCAAUUUUGCAGCUGUCGAUAUUGCAGGAAUCAAAUAUGCCGAAAGGGUUUACAAUAAAUUCGUUAAACCACUGCCUAUUGGUUAGCUCGAGAUGUAAUUUGAGUCUUAUGCCUGUACUGUAAUUGGAAUAACGCAUAUUUUACAUUUAGGCAUCAUUCUUAAUUUGUACCAAGAAAAAACAUGAGAUUCCUCCAGAUGUCGUCUUUCACAUGAUGGAUUAACUAUUUCUCAAACUUUGAAAGCAUGUCUGGAGCUUUGAAGAAACUAGGGUUUAUCUUUCCAUCAGCCACUGAAGGUAGUAAUUAAUCUAAAGUAGUGUAAAUGCCCCACAAUAUGUAGGGGCUAGUGUUAAGUAUACUCACCCCCGAUUCAAAGUAAUAAAGAGAUUAUUACAGACCUCUACUGUUUCUCGUUCCUUCCAUACACAAGAAGUUUGUGUAAACCUUAUUGUGAUUUAGUAGUGGUGGAACUGUAACAGAAAGAGUUCAAGAAGUGUAUGGCGUGAUCGUGGAAAAAUGUUUUGAGUGAGUUCAUAGAGUAAAAACGUCGGAGUUUGAAAUGCAGCUCCCAAGGCUAGGAUCUGUCAAAUUUCAAUGCACUACCGAGCCUUUCGAUGGAGUAACUGUUGUACGUGCUGCUGAUAGGAUCAGGUAGCCCCAGGAGUUCCCCCAAACACUUCAGUGAGAACCAAACUAUGCAUGGGAUUUUGCACGUCUCAAUGAAGUGGUUGAGGAAACUCUUGGGAGUGUAGCUGAUUUGAUGUCGGUCAUUGUUGUUUCAGUUGCUUAUUAAUGAAUCAAGUGAAAGGAUCAAGAUAUCCCCAGGAGUUCCCCCAAACACUUCAGUGAGUACUGACAGUAAUCCUUUAAUGAUGAACAACAAGUAUCUCAAUGAAGUGAUUGAGGAAACUCUAGGGAACCCCUGAUGAGUUUUCAUUCUUG